AUGGCUUUAUUGGCUCAUGAGUUACCGGAAGAAAAUAAAUAUGCUUCUUUUCCUUGUAAUCUCCCUUGGAUGGAAAGAUCACAAAUCGAUUUCUCGGCUGACCCUACCCAACCUCUGGGAGUUAAAGAGAUUAUUUUCUUAGAUGAGAUAAAUUUGUUAUUUAAGGGCAAUGAAUUUCAGAAAGCCCGUGAACGAGAAAGAUUUAUGAGUCACUUUUACGCUCUUUCGCGACACCAAGUUAGUUUAUUACAAAAGUCCGACGAAGGAAUUUAUGUGCAG